AUGUCGGCUAUUCAACUUUCUUUCUCUCUUCGCGUCUCUUCUGGCGUCAAGACUGUGCACCUUCUCGGCUCUUGGGACAAUUACGUUGGUCAGCUCCCACUCUCCAAGGACAAGUCUUCUUCCAAGUCUGGUUCCUGGAAGGGAACGUUCCGCUUCCAGAACUCUACUCUCGAGGCUGGCCAACGAUACUGGUAUUACUACAUCAUCGAUGGUUAUCAUGUCGCCCACAACCCCAGUGUCACCUCCACCACUGAGCCCACCACCGGCCGCGAGCUGAAUAUCCUCGACGUGCCGUCUGAGAAAUCUGACAAGUCUUCUUCCCGCCACCACAAGUCUUCCUCGUCUUCCAAGGAUCACAAGUCAUCGUCAAAGUCGAGCAGCAAAAGCUCAUCGCGCCAUCACUCCUCUUCCAAGGACAAGGAUGGUCACAGGUCUUCGCGAAGCCGAACGUCACUCACAGUGGACAUCCCCAAGGGACGUCCCCUCUCAGUGUCCCAGAUCCAGGCUCCCAAGCCCAUGUCUCCGCACGCGACCAAGCAUAUUCUCGACUCAGACUACUACGACAAUGAGCAAAUCGAGGAGCUCACUGCACGCUUCGGCAGCGCUGGCAUCGACGACGAAGAUGUCAUCACCAACUUUGGCACCUCUCCCGUUUCAUCCAGUGGCUCCUCCCUGUCCUACCGCUCCGACAGCUCAUCUCCGAACUCGUCCAUGUCCGGUUACAGCACACCCAAUUCAGACUGCAGCUCAUGCACUUGCGAGCGCUACGGAAUCACCCGCAAAGGCGAGCGCGUCAAGCUCGACUGCGGCGGCUCCAGGUGCGGAUAUGGAGACGACAGCUCUGACUGCUCAAGCUACAUCAGCGAGGGCGAAGAGGACGAGGUUCAAUACUCCCACAGCCACUCUCGCCGCCACGGCAUCGUCGUCACUUGA